UGAUAUGAGUUCCUUUGUUGAUCAACUCGACAGCAAUAAAUGGACGGAUAUUGCCAAAACGAUUUUACAUAAAAAACCAAAUAAAUGGACGAAUAUCAAAAAUAUUUAUCGAGGGAAAAAUCAACCCAAGAUUGAAGAAAUAGACAAACACUCCCGAUUAAUCUCAAAGGAGAUUCUAAAUUAUUUGUCAGUUUUUUGGCCUGAUAAAAAUGAUGAAGAUAGAAAAAUGUAUGGAAAAAUAAUUUUGCAUUCAAUUGCUGCUGCCUAUUGCAAUUUGGGGAAAGGUAAAACUCUUGAGGAUGCAAAUAAAUGCCAAAAAAUGCAUAGAAACAAGGCUAUAGAAUUGAAGCAAUAUGUGGUUGAUGAUGCAGGCAGGACUGCUUUUAAUGACAAAGGAAGCUAUUUUAGUUCAGCCCCAUCGGUUAAUACGAAGGAAAUUAAAGAAAAUUUAGAUUUCCAUGUUAGAAGUUGCUUAAAGAUUGCCUAUGAAACAAUACAAAAAUAUAAUGAAAAUGGAAUUGUUAAAAAUGUAGAAGAAGCAAUUAAUAAAGCUUGGAAUAUUAAGAAAAAUGAAGGAAAAGAUUAG